UUAUUGGGUGUGCCCGCACCGCCAAGACAUUGUGAAUUCGAAAGUGUGCGUCAUGACCUGUACGACUUGCUUGCAAUACACUUUGUUCUUCGAGUAGCAACAGGAGUUUUGGUUUACGGAUCGCAUUGCCAUUUGAAAACAUUACCCUUCAUGCAAUCGCUGAAUUGACUUGUUGACUCAAUCACACUUGGUUGAACCGUGCGGAUGAUAUUCUCGUGUGAGGAGAGGAAUUGGCCGCCUUACAAGGAAGAAGUCAAGGAUUAGGCUCAUACACAUACUAUCACAGACAGUUACACGCGCACAUAAAAUCACAGCUCUACGAACUUACCAUGGAGCACUAUGCCCCUCACCAAGGCGUCGCCUUCGAAGGCUAUUACUCCAAAUUCCGCCUCCCAUCAGGAGCCCACCUCGCCCUCAUCAUUUGCAGCGUCCCCAAUGCCACCAACAAGCCCUCGCAUAUGGUAUCCCUGACAUACUAUCCACUCUCUGGUCGACCAAUCUUCCAACGUGAUCACUUCGUUCCAAGAAUAGACUACAUCACGACCUCGAAAGCCAACGCAUUCGAGCUCCGCGCCGAAGGCUUGGGCUUCAUGCGCUGCGAAGCCGACGAGAACUCUACAACAACCUAUGACCUCACCUGUCCAGAAUGGACGCUUAAAGCCACGACUAGAAGUCGAAUACCAUGGAAACAGGGAGAGCCGCAUAGCACGCCCGAAGGCCUGCUCGUUAGACUUCCUCUGCCAUUGCACUGGCACGUCCAUUCGUUCGCGUCAACCGCAGACUUCACGCUUGACGUCGGAUCUGCGUCCCUCGCUCUGCCCCAAGAAGAUCGCACAGGCACCGCACUGAUACACCAGGAGAAGAACUGGGCGGACAGUUUCCCUGCAGCACACAUGUGGGUACAAGCGCAUUCCUCUACAUCCGACGAAUCUAUUUGUCUCGCGGGCGGAAAGAUCCUCGGCAUGACAGCGUAUCUUCUGGGUUAUCGUGCGCCGGGGGUGAGUGUCUCGUUCACGCCUCCGUUUGCGCUAUCGGUGUUGGGGAUCUCGCCGUUCAUGAGCCUUGAUAUCGACUGGGAGAAUCGCGCGUUUCGGAUCUGCAUAGCGGGGCUAUGGAGGAAGAUUGAGGUGAGGGCUAGUGCGCCGGCGGAAGGGGGUUGGUUUGGACUGGCGAGCCCGUUUCCGGACGGUCAUAGGAACAAUUUCUUGACGGAGAGCUUCAUGGCGAACGUGCAGGUCGUUGUGAGUGAGCGGAAGCAGGGUGGGCUGUUGGGUUCGUGGACCUGCUGGGGAGAGUGGGCGGAGGUAAAGCGGAGUACGUUUGAUAACGCCAGUCUAGAGUUUGGAGGCGAGUACUUCCCCGAGAGAGGGGCAGACGGAGCGAAGAAGUAUGAAAUGGUGUAGUAGAUAU